AUGCCACUAGGAAGUCCACCAAUAGAUACUGAGAAGCUGCAGGGGAACCUUAAACAAGAUCUGUCUCAUGACCAACCCUGUCAUCCACGCGCUCUAGAUUGCUUGACCAAGAAUUCGUACAACGAGGACAAGUGCCAGACACAGAUCGACGCCUUAUACGAAUGCUGCAAUGCGUUUUACCAGCAACAAGGAGACCAGGCAUCUACCGUCAGCUGUCCCAAGGCCAAUCUGCUGCGUCUGAAGAUAAGACAGCGAGCACAGGAAACAGAGAGCAAGAAAUAG